AUGGAUAGCACCAACUACACAUUCCACCCAACUGUCAUCAUUUUGAAGGCUAUCCCAGGCCUGGAGCAAGUUCAGUUUUGGAUCUCCAUCCCCUUCUCUUCCAUGUAUGUGGUGGCACUUGGAGGUAACUCCUUGUUGAUCAUUCUUAUCUGGAAGGAGCACAGUCUUCAUGAGCCCAUGUAUAUCUUCCUGGCCAUGUUGGCUAUGACAGACUUCUUGCUCUGCAACACCAUCAUGCCCAAGAUGCUAGCUCUCCUCUGGUUCCAAGCUGGAUCCAUUUCUUUCCAGGCCUGUAUCACCCAGAUGUUUUUUGUCAUUUUCAUCUUUGUCAUGGAGUCAACAGUCCUCCUGGCCAUGGCAUUUGACCGCUAUGUGGCUAUCUGCUUCCCAUUGAGAUAUACCAUGAUCCUGACCCCUUCUGUGAUCUGGAAAAUAGCAGGAUUUUCUCUGGCCAGGGGCUUGGUCAUCACUUCCCCUUUUGUUUUCCUUGUUGAGCGGCUGCCAUUUUGUGGAAACAACAUCAUCGUUGAUACUUAUUGUGAACUGACUAAGAUUUCCAGACUAGCCUGUGCAGAUAUAACUGCCAAUAACAUUUACACACUAGUGAUGUCUUUCUUGUCCACAGGCUUAGAUGUCUUUCUCAUUUCCAUCUCCUAUGUGUUUAUUCUUCGAGCUGUUUUCAGGCUGCCAUCCCGUGAUGCCCAGUUAAAGGCUUUGGGCACUUGUAGCUCACACGUGUGUGUCAUACUCAUGUUUUAUCUGCCAGCUUAUCUGACAGUGCUAACUAGCCAUCUUGGUUGUGGAGUCCUGCUAGCCAAUCUUUAUGUGGUUGUACCCCCUGCAUUGAAUCCCAUUAUAUAUGGUGUCAGGACCAAGCAGAUUCGAGAUGUUGUCAUAUCAAGGCUCUCCCACUUGAGGGGGGAAGGAGUUCAGGAAAACCAAGCAAAUUAA